AUGUCUCCUCCUCCUCCUUCUCCAGUAGCACCUCCUCCUCCUUUCUCAAUUGACGACCCCUCUUUUGUACUCGCAGCUCUCCUAACCUGUUUCAUCCUCUGUUCCUUCAUUAUCCGCGGCUUGUAUUUAAGAAUACGGGAGCUAAAUACUCCAAUUGAUGAUGUCGAAGCACAAAGAAAUCAUCCACAACAGCCUCACCCUCCUCCUAACCAAGCCACUGCUGCAAAAACACCAGCGCCGUUGGCGGAGAAGAAGGCGUCAAGUUUCCGAUAUACAAAGAACCAAGCAAUUGCUACUAACACUGACUCGGAGUGUUCAAUUUGCUUGGGCGAGUUUAAGGACGGGGAAGAAUGUCGGCAGCUUGAGUGUGAACAUGCGUUUCACGGAGAAUGCAUUGAUCAAUGGCUACUCAAGAAGAUGCACUGUCCCCUUUGUCGUGCUACAGUCUCUAGUGUACAACUGUAA